UCCGGAGCGCGGGCGCAGGGAAUCCGGCGGCGGCUGCCUGGGAUCCGGGAGCAGAGGCAUGGUCCUCACCAGGUCUUCCCGGCGUGAGGCCGGGGUUUCAGGCCCUUCGGCCGGAGGAUCCCGACAGAAGAGUUCUGCUGCUGAAGAAAUUCAAGCACAUGCAAAAAGAAGGAAGGAACCUAGUUAUGAUGGCCUUACUGCUGAGGUUACAAAGAGCGCUGGGAAACAAAGUUCAUCUAACAGAAACAGGCAGAACAAAACUUCAGGCUUACAGACAGAGGUCAUUGAAUUGUCUACAGAUGGAGAGACCUCUGAAGCCGAAUCCAAUUGUUCUUCUGUGUUUGAGGUCCAGGAGCCCAUUGUAAGAAUAACUAGGAGAAGGCAGAUCAUAAUUGCAUCUUCUCCAGGUUCCAGUGUUAGAAAGAGAAAGAAAAUAGCUUCAAUAAAAGUGCCUCUUACUGAAGAAAUAGUCUCCGACACAGAGUCUCCUGCUUCAUCUACUUCUAGUAUAGUGCCUUCCACAGAAAUAAGGGCUAAAUCUAGAAUAGAUCCAAGCCAAGAAGCACAUACAGGAGCUGUAUCUGAUGCUGAGUCAUCAUGCUCAGAUAUUUUAUUCUCUGGAAAUAUACCAAGAACAGCAAUCAAGAAUAUGCAGAGAAACUUACAGGUACAAAUAGAGAAGAAAGAUACUAAGACUGUAUCCCAAAGUGAAAAACAAAUCAUGGAUACAUCUAUGAGUUCAGAGGAUCUAGAUACCAAGAAUACCUCUCAGUUAUCAACAAGAACACUUUCUCAGAUAAAUAAGCCGAUUGUCUGUAAUGAAACAGAAGAAAAACAGGCCAAUGUUGUCUCUCUUAAAGAAAUAAAGAAUUUGAAUGAAGCGGACAUAGUAGUGAUAGAUGAUGAAAAAGAAAUUAACAAGAAAAUUUCUCAGAUGAAGAACCUUUCUAAUCUUCAGAAAACUAGCCUUCAGCAGUUAAGUUCUCAAAUGCAUUCAUCCCCCUCAAAAAACAAAACCAUAGUAAAGCCCUCCAAUCAGAACUGUGAGGCUAUAAUGAAAUCAUUAGCUCAAAAAUUUGCAGUUGUGGAAGUGGACAGAUGGAAUGAAGGAAAAAAAGGCAACAUAAAAGGAAGUGACUUGACCACAUUCAGUGAUCUUGGUGGUAGUGAUAAAGAUGAAGAGGUUAUAGGUGUAGAUGGUGGUGGUGCUGGUAAAGAGGAUGAGUUGACAAUUGUAGAUGUCAGUGAAGACAAGAAUAGCAAAGGGGAUGUAGAUUUUGAAUGUGAUACCACAUUGUGUAACUCUGAGCUAAACACGUCUCCGGAUAUUGGGGAUUCUGUUUUACUAGUUCUCAGCAGUGAUGAAAGCCAGCAAUCUGAAAGCAGUGACAAUGAAGAGGACACUCUGUGUUUUGUUGAUAAUUGUGACCAAAAGGAGUCACCGAGUGGAGACUCAAAAAACUUGUCUUGUGAUAAUGCCUUGUUCGUAAUUGACACGACUCCUGGGUUAAGUGCUGAUAAAAAGUUUUACUUGGAAGAAGAAGAGAAGGCAAGUGAGAUUGCUACUGAGGAAGAAAAAGAAGAGCAGGAAGAAGAUGAAGGCAGUGAAGAAUCAUCAGAUAGUGAUAAAAAUAAAGAUGAUGAAUUUAGUGAUGAAGACGAUUUAUUAAAUAACACAAAGUCUAAACUUCUGAAGUUGACAAGUAGCAGCAUAGAUCCUGGACUAAGUAUCAAGCAAAUGGGUGGUUUGUAUAUUAAUUUCAAUGCAGACAAACUACAGUCCAAGAAAACUCUAACACAGAUCAAAGAGAAAAAGAAAAAUGAGCUUCUGCAGAAGGCUAUUAUUACACCUGAUUUUGAACAAAAACAUUGUGUUGCACCAUAUAGAGAAUCAAAGCAUCAACUUCAAAAAAAACGGAGGAAAGAGCGACAAAAAACAGCAGGUGAUGGCUGGUUUGGUAUGAAGGCUCCAGAACUAACAGAGGAACUGAAAAAUGACCUCAAAGCACUGAAGAUGAGAGCAAGCAUGGACCCAAAAAGAUUUUAUAAGAAAAAUGAUAGAGACGGCUUCCCUAAGUACUUCCAGAUUGGAACCAUUGUUGACAAUCCAGCUGAUUUCUACCACUCAAGAAUUCCCAAGAAGCAAAGGAAAAGAACUAUUGUGGAAGAACUGCUGGCUGAUUCUGAGUUCAGAAGAUACAACCGAAGGAAGUACUCUGAGAUCAUGGCUGAAAAAGCAGCAAGUGCAGCAGGCAAAAGAUUCCGAAAGAAGAAGAAAUUUCGCAAUUAAGAUUCAUCAAGCAAAAUACAAUAUUGGACAUUUCUCUUUAUUUGCUAAAUAUAUUUUUAAAACUAA